AACCGAGUUUGGGACAUGUUCUAUAUUCAUGACCCUUAUGGUCGAAGAAAUCCAUUAAUAUUUGUCCCUUCCAUCCAGUUUGAGCAGUUCCUGGAGAUAGUCAACAGCCGGCUGCAGGUGAACCCGAAGAUCACCUGCGGAGCUCUCUCUGAGCGAUUCUAUGUCACCUUUGGUGAAUUUGGCACCCCACGCCCGCGAUUCCUUGGCCGCAUCAACAAUGAGGGCACGUACGAGAUGUUGAAGACCACGCUGGGUGUGCCCCAAAAUGAUCUAAGCCAACUCGACGCGAGUAAUGUUCAGUUCUUCAAAGACAAAUUUGAUGGCAUUUACAACACCCUGCGGGACUCCAAGAAGAAGAAAAACCCGGGGCUAGAGAGACUCAAGAAGACGCUAAAACAAAAGGCAUGGGGUUCCAUCAUCAAGCGCGUGCAACGAUAUCUUGGCCUUCGGAUCCGCACUGCGUAUACGGAAUCAGCAGGUAAGCCCGAAAAUUGGGAUAUCCACAAGCGACCUCCAUUCAAAACUGAGUCUUCGGUACGCUUUGUCUGCGUCGACGUCGAAGCAUAUGAGCGUAACAACAAUAUCGUCACGGAAGUUGGUAUUGCUAUCCUAGAUACACAAAAAAUUGUCGAUACGGCACCGGGAGACAAGGGCGAGGACUGGUUCAAGCUGAUAGAAGCCCAUCACCUUCGCGUCAAAGAGCGUUCAUACAUGGUGAACCAAGAGUUCGUACGAGGCUGUCCUGAUUCGUUUCAUUUUGGCACCCCUGAAUUUGUCGCUGAGAGCGAGCUAUCGCGUUGUCUUGCAGAGAUCAUCGGUGAGCCCAACGCAGACGACCAAAGCCCCGUCGUCAUGGUGGGCCAUGAUGUCAGUAUCGAUCUUCGAUACCUGAAGAAUGCCGGCUACAAUAUCUGGAUCCUUCCCCAGUACCUUGAUGAGAUUGAUACCCAGCUCAUGUUCCAACGUCUCCAGAUGGUGAGCCAAGGCCGCAGCCUUGAGCUUGUCUGCAGUGAAUUGGGCAUUCCCGGUUGCAAUUUCCACAACGCCGGCAACGACGCAGUCUACACACUGCGGGCCAUGAUUGCCAUGGCCAUCUCCAAAAAGCGUGGAGGCCUCCCAGCAGGGUCAAUGCCUUGGAGCCCUCGCGACAUGCCCAAGUGA